AUUCUCUAAUACUUGGAAGGAUGUUGGUUUUUAAGAGUUUAUUUUGGGUGACUCACUAUAUGAAGAUAAUUGCUAACUAGAGUGUUUCAUGGGCAUAUCCUUAUUAACCGACGGUGACACGCAACUGGGUUUUGUAUAAACUUACUAGAAUGAAAUGGGAAAAGCAUCUGCACUUCCUUUUGAUUCUUAUUCAACCCUUUCAUUAUAUCAGUUUUUUUUUUUUGUUUUUUUUAUUUUUUUCAUAAAAAGAUUUUUUAUCCAGAGAGGAACUCCUAUACAUGAGAAGCAAGCGAUAGAAUCAGGGAAAUCAAUUACAAUUAGCUCUUAAAUCUUAAACUGGUCAGAUAUUCCAGAGAGGGAAAAAAGAGAAAAAAGUUUGAUAUCCAACUGAAAUUUGAACUGAGAAGUAAUGGCUAAAAAAUAACCGAGCCGAUCAAAUUUAUUUUGAAUACUAAAUUUACGAUGCAAUCUGGCUGGCUAUGUAUUGAAAUUCUUUUGUUUUGUAAUUGUGCCGUUGCCAAAGUAGAUAUUCUUAUGCUGUUGAUUGGUAAGACGGAGCAUCAGAGGAGGAUUGAUCUUAUGGGCUGCAUCUGGUGCUGUCCAAUGUCAGAUGAUGGACAUGACCUAUCCAGGAGUUGUUCCAAUGCACAAGGUCAAUUUUGAUGCAAAGACAGAAUAUGAUAUGAUCCAAAACUAUAAAGUUCUACAGGAUGUGUUCAACAAGUUGAAAAUUGAAAAGCACAUUGAAGUCAACAGACUUGUUAAAGGCCGACCUUUAGACAACUUGGAGUUCUUACAAUGGCUGAAGCGCUACUGUGAUUCUGUAAAUGGUGGCAUUAUGAAUGAGAAUUAUAACCCUGUGGAGCGAAGAAGUAAGGGAGGGAAAGAGCGAAAUCCCAAGGGUUCUCAGAAGAACUCAAAAUCACUGCAAUCUAACAAUAUGCAUAACCCUGGUUAUGGGGAUACUGUUGGUCUUAAAACAACUGCAAGGAAGAUAAGUGCAGCUGCAGGUGGGGCGGAUUCUUCUGGUGAAGUCCAGGCAUUAUCGAAAGAGAUCACAGAUCUCAAGCUUUCAGUUGACCUUUUGGAAAAAGAAAGGGACUUUUACUUUGCAAAACUACGGGAUAUAGAAAUACUUUGUCAGGGUCCUGAAUUGGAAAAUCUACCGAUGGCUAUAGCAGUAAAGAAGAUACUGUAUGCUGCCGAUGCAAAAGAAUCAGCACUUGCUGAAGCUCAGGAUUAUCUUUUUGAAGCCAUGAAUGGUGGGGAAAAUGAAACGGAAAACGAACCUUGAGUCCUGACUAACAAUGGAGGCUCCUGCCCAUUACGAUUAACAUACUUGUAGAGCCUUCUUGCCUGGCUUUUUCUUUAUCAUGAGAUACUGAUCAUAGUUCCUUCACUUUGAUAUCUGGUAAAUACCAUUUGGUGAAGGACAUUUUAGAUGUAUUUUCUUCUCUCUUUGCUGGAUAGAUGAUUGACAAUUGAAUCUUUGGUAAUAAUAGAGCUGGUUUUCUUCAAA